UGCUCAGUGUGUCUGUGAUGUUUGAGAAAACUUUUAAUCUCUGCUCCAAAUUGGCUGCAACUUUUUACCUUGAUCAGCUUUGACUCUGUGGAGUCUGUGUUCCACGCUGCUGCUGCUGCAGGAGUGUCCGUCUGUCAUGCUGUGAAAUAUAGUUUAUGGACAAUGUGUGGGUACGUUUACGUACCUGUACAUUUACUUUUCUCACAGAUACUUAGCAGUUUAUUAGGAAAUCACGUUAUCCCUGUUAUCCAUUUUAAUCUGGAUUAACUCAGAUUCCUGCCUUGAAGACUAACACAGAGCUACUAUUGUCCUCCUUCUACACUGUGGUCCUGGAACGUUAAUGUUAUUUAUUCCACUUUGGUAAUUUAGUGAGACGCUCUCUCUUCAACGUGACUUUUUCUGUAUAAAAGUACAAACUCCUGGCUGUAAACAUAGACUCAGUGUAUCUGACUGGUCUGCCUGCAGUCCAGAUUUAGGGAAACUGUCUGAGCUGAAAUUUCAUACAGUGACAUUUUGACAGGAACUGUUGAGGCAUAAAAAAUGCAACAUAUUUUAUCUUUUAUUAUCAAAUAAUCCAAAAAAGUGACUGUGGUGUACCAAACUUUUUGUAUUCACAGGUACAGAUUUUAAGUGUUUAAUUCACAUCUGGAGGUGGGAGUAAUUUCCCUACGGUUAUUGAUGAUUUGCUUUCAAAAUAUACAUAUUCAUUUUAGUCAGGAGCAGUGAAGAAAAUCUGUUUGAAGUAGAAAAAAAAAAUCCCCCCACCUCCACAUUUGUUUUGGUGAAGUCUCAGAGACUUGUUGUUUAUUUACAACUGUGAUAAAUAAAACACAAAUCUAAAAUUAGGAAUUGAAUCUGAAUUUUGGGAAAAGUUUCACAAAAUCUUUGUGUUAUUUUGGUUUUCUAUAAAACAAGUUUGUUGUAGAAGUAGAAAUAAAAAAUAGAAAGUUGAAAAAAAAAAUACACUUUUUCCCAGAGCCUGACUGUUGAUUUAAGAUUAUGUCAGAUAUGAUGUCAAGGUUUUUAUUCUUUCGUUGAUGUUCGGGCUUUAACGGGGAAAUACAGAAGUAUUAACUCUGUUUAUAAAAGUUAUUAUUUGGUAUUUAAUGAGCAAAUAUUGAAAACAAUCCAAACUUAAACUAAAGUUCUAUGUAAACUUAUCAAUUCCGUGGAGAGAGUGCGAUGAAGUUCUGGUGUAGUCACAUGUUCACCAAACUCUCUCCUGAUUGGACACAUCAGUGUUCAGGUCUGUUGAAUUUUCCUGUGUUGACUUAGACAACAAUCAAACAGUGGGAGCCAACAGCAGCUUAACCCCAGCUCCUUCUAAUGUAGACACAUUAUCAUAGCUCCACCUCCCAGGUUCUCCUUGGUCGACCGAUUCUUCAGAUAUACACAGUUCGUCGCUUACACCAAGUGUUUUUAUUUAUUUAUUUUUUACUUUAUUUCUCAAAAGUCACAUUUUCAGCAGCACUACUUGUGGACAUGGAUGUUGUCAGAACUUGCAGACAUUCCUCAUGAGAGGCAGCUGCUGUGGUGAAGUGGCCUACAUCGUCUGUGUUCAGCCACCUAUAACAAAACCAGCAAACCACAAAGAACACGUCUGAGGCCGUAGGAGCAUCAGAGGAGUGACCGCAGCGUCCCAUCAUGCCACUGUUACGCACCUCAGCGUGUUCAAACUGACUUGACCUGUGAGAGUAAAAGAAGAAUCCAGGAGAAUCAUGUGAGGAGGUCACACUUCUGCCAUUAGAAACACAGUCAGAGCAGUGGGAAGUCUCACCAGCGGUGGCAGCGUUGACCAUGAUCGACCUGAGUUUCCUCUCAGAAGAAGAGCAGGAGGCCAUCCUGUCUGUGUUGAAAAGAGAUGCAGAGCUGAAGAAGAGUGAGCAGCAGCGUGUCCAGAAACUCCAGCAGACUGUGAGUAACAAGGAGCAGCUGAAGUACUUGACCGGAGAAUGGUUUUAUGAAACCAAGCAGCUUCGCCAUCAGGACAGCAUCCAUGGCUCUGACAUCAUCAGGGCCUCCAUCAAACACACCUAUAAACCAAUGACCAUAUUGGAGCUCUCCAAGAUCCUGCCUGAGGACUCCAGUUUUGUCUGCAGUGAAAAUAAAGAAGUGUUCGUGCCACCUUUACUCUGUGGACUCCUGCAGGAGGUCAAAGGUGACAGGAGCCCACACGUCCCCCCGCCUGACUCACCCAAACAAGUGGUACAGUCACCCACAAAGAGAAAAAAUCCAUUCAACACGGAUUUUACUGCAGACAAUGAAAAACAGGAAAGUCAUGGAGAAGAGGAUCAAACUCAGGAACCACGUGAAGAGCCUUUACCAUCAUUUGACCGCUCGCUUUCUCACGUUGAAAACCUUAGACAGGAUGCAUGUCUGGCCUCCCAGAAUGCACCUGAAAGCAAUGCAGUGAGCAGCAACAGUCAAGACUCUUUAGUAGAAUUAAAUGGUUCAGAAGUCAGACAGAACAAUGGCGUUGCUUUGCGGGGAAUCCUCAAGCAGUGGUCCACUUCCAGCUCCAUGGAUACUUCAGCCUCCGAUCUGGACCUGGAUUCUCCCACUGAGAUGUGGAUAGACAAGAAGCAGGUGAGGUUCAACUCCAUGGUCAGGCAGAGCACGGUGGAGAGACAGAAUGGCAGAGAGCUCGGAGAUCACAGUUUGCUGGACAACAAUGCCAACGCUCCCCCUGAGAUGGAAAAUAACCAUCUGAAUAACUGUGACCUUGAGAACGGUGGCAGCGCUGCUACUGGCACGAGAAAUACAAUACCCAGCCAGAGUGGAGUGGGUUCACAGGAAGAGGAUGGUGGCUGCCAAAACAAAGCCAGACUGGUACAGCGAGAGGAUGGAUCAAACAAUGGUCACGGUGGUAAGGCUCAUAACAGCAAUGUCUCUGAGCCCUCUCAUUUGGAGCUCCUCAGCCCUGCAGGUUCUACACUGACUGCUGAGCAUGAGCCAGGUAAGCUUAUCCAGCUGAAGACAGAGUCUGACAAAGACUGUUCCUCUCAAGCUAACACCACAGACGAGCCCGUUGGACUUGACGAUGGUGUUGAGGUUGGCUCAGAAGUAAGGCCGCCCACUGUGAUCAGCUUGGACAGUUUAUCCCUUCACGCCCUUUCACCGAGGCUGAGAAAGAAGCUGUUUGGGAUUUUCAGAAGACAGAAAGAGAAAAAGCCAACUGUACAGAAAGAAGAGGAGAAACAGAAGAAACCUGGUCAAACUCAGAUUUCCAACUCAGAUGCUGCCGAUACAAAUGCAGCCAAACCUGCCACUGUCCAACAUGAAGCUAAUUAUCAUGAGAAGGCUGAGGUCAGAAUGUUACCGCUCACAGCCCUCCAGAAAACUACAUUUAUAGAAGCAAUGGAGGCUGGUGCUCAACAGGAAGUCACAGAAGACGAAUCCCAAGAGGAAGCCAAGCAAGAAGACAUCUCCAAGAAAGGGAGAGAAGUUCCUCAGGGCCUUCAGACAAACAUCACUUCAGUUGAUAACAAAACAACCAUAACCACAACCCUGUCUUCACAGACUGUAUGUGAUUCUUCAUCAAAAGAUGGAGAUACGUACAGAGCUAACCCAGUCCUCAUAUAUGAAGAGGCAGACGACCUCCUCACAGUGCUGGAGUCAAAGGAAACUAUAAUCACACAUGUAUCUUCCUCUGUACCUGUUAGUGACCAAGAGCAUCAGGAUGCAGCUUCAUCCUCUAUUCUUCAACAGUCUUGUUCCAGUCCGUCAGAGGAUCGACCAGCAAACAUCAGUGAACUGAAACAUUUCUGGGAAUCUGAAAAUUCUAGCUCCAGAAUACCCACUGUGAGAAAAAAGGAAACCUCAAGUACCUUAUCUCCUGGAAAGAAAGCAAUUUCUUCACGGUCUGAUGUAAAAACAUCCUGCGAUAAUAGGAAGAUGGUGGACAAGUCUGCGGUGUCUACAUCCAUGAGAGUGUCAGGGAAAGGUUUUGUCACUCAAAGUCCGAAAAGAUCGCGGAGUACUUCUAGUCCUGUGAGCAGAAUCAAGGCAGAAAAAGUGUCCAAAGCCAAAUCCCCGAGCCCCAGUAAAUUCAGAGUGCCUAAAUUAAAAGACCAGGAUGAUGAAGUCCGAAAAAGCCCAUCUAAGACCUGCCACCCAAGGGUUUUACCUCGAGAAUCUUCCAGUCCAAAGCCAUCCAAGCUGGAGGGUUCUCCUUUAAAAACGUUUCCAAUUGACAUUGACCCUCAGCAACAGGUGAGGUCAACACCAACGAUGGAAGGACAGGGAAGAAGCCCCACGCAUGGAGCAAAGCAAACCAAAACAAAGUGCAGUCCAGACUUCACCCCACAUCCCCCACAUCUACAUCCAGAGGUCAGAGGUCACCACUUUCAUAAUGUGAAAAAGUUGCAAAGUAAUGCAAGUCCAUCCAGUUCACCAAAACCUAAAGCAGCUUCAGUGAAGAAAGCAGGGAGCCUGACAUCUCUUGCCAGAUCUUUCAUCACUCAGGAUUAUCAGCACUUCCUUGGCCCGCAGGAGACGGCUUUUGCCCCUGCUUUUCACCAAGAGAAAUUUGAAUCACACAGACUGCAGAAUGAUGUCAGAGACUGUGUGGAAAACCUGAGCGACAGCCCAACCAUGAGUAAUCAACCCAGACGCACAACUUCCUGGGUUGCUCAUAAGAACGAUGGAAACUCCAGCCAGGAAACCACAACCAGAACCUGGUUGCUGUCUUGGGCAAGUUCAGGCAGUCACGAUGACAGUCCAACCUCCAUAGUGUCUGCCUUGAGACGACUGUCUUCAAGAAUGUCUACAUCCAAAAGCCUUGAGGACCUCUCCUCACAACAAAGUGAAGAGAGUAGAAGACAGGACUCAAGAGGACAAAUUAAUUUGAGUGUGGAUGAUGUUUCUUCCCUUUCACCAUCAGCCUCCUUCUCCAAGCAGCUGAAAACCAGUGUGUCAGUGCCUGUGCUCCAGGAUGAGGUGGACAGCGACAGCCCCUCUGAGACGACCAUUGAAUGUAGGAGAAACACAGGGAGCUCCACAUCAAACAUCAGUCUGUCCUCAGGAAUGGCAUCCAUGUCGUCUGUGAGCGGCAGCAUGAGCAGCAUCUACCCGACAGACUACGGUGACAUCGAGGUCCAAGGAAACAUCCAGUUUGCUAUGAGCUACAUCCAGAAACUGGGAGAAUUUCACAUCUUCGUGGUGCACUGCCAGGACCUGGCCGUGGGCGACACCAAGAAGAGUCGCACCGAUCCGUAUGUGAAAUGCUAUCUGCUGCCUGAAAAAACAGAUCUAGGAAAGAAAAAAACCACAGUUAAAAAGAAAACUUUUAAUCCUGAAUACAAUGAAGUUCUCCGGUUUAAAGUCAACAAGGAGGUGUUAAAAACACAAAAUUUAAACGUCUCUGUUUGGCACAACGACACAUUUGGACGGAACAGUUUUCUGGGUGAGGUGGAGCUGGAUCUGUCAGAGUGGGACUUCAACAACACCCGUAUUAAUGAAUACAUGUUAAAAUCCAGGGUGUCAGCACUAACCCCAGCGGGGUCUCCUUCACGUCUGAGGAACAGCAGAGGACGUAUGCGAGUGGCCUUGAGAUUUCUGCCACAGACGUCACACAGUAAGAGUAUCACUAGAACAGAGACCGGAGAAGUGCAGAUCUGGGUGAAAGACUGCAAGGAUCUCCCCGCAGCCAGAGGAGUGGUUAUCAACGCCUUUGUUAAAUGCACUGUUCUGCCUGACACCAGCAAGAAAAGCCGGCAGAAGACACGCGUGGUGAAGAGGACGGCGAACCCUAUGUUCAACCACACCAUGGUGUACGACGGUUUUCGGUCAGAGGACCUCAGAGAGGCCUGUGUGGAGAUCACAGUGUGGGAUCAUGACCGACUGAACAGUCAAUUCAUAGGCGGUCUGCGCCUUGGCCUGGGGACAGGGAAGAGUUAUGGGUUGAAUGCGAUCUGGAUGGACUCGACAGCAGCUGAAGCUAAUUUAUGGCAGAGGAUGUUAGAGUCUGAUGGUGAAUGGGUGGAGGAUCUCUUGCCCCUGAGGAUGUUUGGGAUUGCAAAGUGCAUAUGAAAGUAGGAACAGACAGAGGAAGGAGAGGAAACUGAAAGUGGCCAAGAAGAUGGGAGCUAUAUCUGGAAUGGAAUAGAAGCAGCAACUGUAAAUAAGCCCCAUGUAACUGUGUACGACUGAUGGUUACUGUAUAAGUUUGUAUAAUCCAAACUGCCUAGUAAAAUUUAAACUAUAAUUUUUUUAUGUUUCAUGAUUGACAAGAGAUAAAGCAGAUGACACAAUUCAAGACGUAGACAGGCAACUAGUUUUGAUUCCAACAUAUAUUUUAAUUUGAGCAUUUGUAAUGUGUACAUAAUUCUAUCAUAAAAUGCAAAUAAUAUUCCUAGCACUUGUCAAUAAAUAAAUAAUACAUACAUGUUAAAGCCUAUGGUAGUAAUUUUUAACUUUAAAUCCUUUUUGUGUUCAUUUAACCUCCAAUUUAUACAUUUCCCCUCAAAGAUGACCUUACUGUUCUUCAGCCUUGGUUUAUGAUGAUGUUUUAAAGGGGUAGGUCAGUUAUUUUGUGAUUUCAUUGUAUGAUGUAGCAGUACACGGUCAGCAUUUCAUGUACAGCUGACUGUGCUCUGUGACGUGGAGAAGCAGCAGGAACAUGCAGGUGCACACUCAGUGGAAACAUGGCUGCCCGCAGAGAGAGAGAGAGAGAGAAAAAGAAAUUAAAUCCUCUUCCUUUCCUCUACCUAUAAGGUGUGACAUAAACAUAAAAAUGUUAUGCCUAUAAUUUAAGAAAACUAAACAAACAUCGUGUGACCAAGUUCCUGACUGUCUGCUCACCUUUUAUUACAAAAAGCGAGAUCUUCUGUAAACUGAGAGGUUCUGUCAUCGU